GCCUUUGAAAACAGACAGGUCUCAGCCUCCCUUCGCAUUCCUACGUCCCAAGCUGCAGAAGCAUAUUAGAUGGCCUGUCUUGCUUCUCCCCAGUAUACUCGCCAUCGCGCUUCCUCAACAAACGUUCGUCCUCCUCUUACCCUCAGCAGCUUGGGACGCCGCAGGUCAAAUUCCUUGUUGGACUUGCCUCCUCCGAUGGGCUCGCCUUCUCACACUCCUCCAAGAGUCCAAAGUCCCACUACGGACAGGAAUGUCCCUGCCCUCUCUCUAUCUAUUCCUACACCCUUAGCCAAGUCUACGCCAGACUCCAUGCUCUCCAUACUGUUGUCCCGUUGUUUGGAUUUACUUCACAUGUCACAUAAGGACGUCACCGCCCUUGAUACAUCGUCCUCGCCGCGACUCAGUAGUCGGACAAGCACCAGCUCUGACGAUACCCUACUUCCAGUUUCGUCGCCCAUUCGAGCCUCAUUUGCAGAUGCAUUCCCCGAAAAACCCAUUGCUGCCCCAUCAAGGCGACAAGGAUCUACUUCUGUGCAUGCUCCAGUCCUCUUUGUAAUCAUUCUCUUCCCACUUUCCGCGGCUUUAGUGUUGUACUGCAUGUCAACGCUGCCCAUCACUGUCUCGUGGCCGAAGAACUUGACCGACCUCGCCCAAUUGGGUAGGGAAUUACAUGGAUAUUCUCAAAGCGGCCCUCUUCCUAUGGCGCACGUACUCGCUGUGAUGUCUGUCACCGCCGUAUGGAAACAUGCCUGGUCAAUACCCGGAAGUGUCAUUUGGGUAUGUUCCACUAUUCGCCCAGCGCGCUGGGCAUCCGAUGACUAAGAAUGACUUAAGAUGAGUCAGAAUGAUCUUUUGAUGAGUCACAAUGGCCUUUUCUGACUCAUUAGGGGCUUUAUGAGUCAUGGUGAGUCUUGAUGACUCAAUGGCCUAGUGCUUCAAGAAUGAAAAGUCCAUUCUGUA